GGAGUUUUUAACGAAAGUGAGACAAGACAUUUCGAAUAGGAGUAGCUAGGUUGUAUACAGUGGGUAAAAUUCAGUGGCAAGGUUAAUGACGUAAUUUGUGUUUAUACAAGGCAAGGAGAAAAUGGCUGAGAAUACACCAGACGAUCUGUCUCAAAUAUUGCUGAAAGAAGAUAAGGAGGAAAUGACUGAGAGAUCACCAGACAUUAUGCAUCAAGAAUGGCUGAAAGCUAGAAAUGAAAAGCUACAAGAACUAGCAGAUGAACUGGACAUGAUGCAAAAGAGGGUCAACAUUUCCCAGAUUACUGGAACGUCAGCAUCAAUCGUGUCUGGGAUAGGUUCUACCGUCUGUUUUGGACUGGCAUUUGCGACAGCAGGAAUAAGCAUCAUUCCGGGAGUCGUAUUCGCAUCUAUUGGUGGAGCAGGUGCAGCAACCUCAAUAGGAGCAACUCUUGGUAAACAUUUCCAUCAGAAGGAUUUAUUAAAGCAAGUCCAGGCAUGUUUGGACAAUGAUAGACGCAAUUCUACGAGAUUGAACGCAGCACUCGCAAGUACAAGUGACACAAACGUUUCCAAAUUAACACGUAGAGGUAUAAGUGGUUUAAGAUUUUUAGCUCGCGGCAUAGACUUUGGAGCUGAUGCAGUAGGUGUCGUCAAUAGUGGAGCCAGGGCGACAGCUCGUACAGUAUCAAAGGUGGCAGGUACUGUUGUGUUUGCUUUCGACAUUCUACUGUUACCACUAGACAUCUAUAUCCUUGUGGACACCUCCAUCAAGAAACACAAGGGGUCGACACACAAAACAGCUGCUCAAAUACGUGAGAUCGCGUCAAAAUUGGAGAAUGAAAGAAAUGAAUUUAUGGGUGAAAUAGUUGGUCAAUUUACACCUGAUUGAUAUCUGAAUAUAUUUUUGAUUUGGAAGACUAAGUAUAUUUUAUUGAUUGUGUUUUGGUGUUUUUACAAGAUAAUUUCCAAAGUGAAGGAAAUAUUGCAGUGAUGUCAAUUGUAUUAUGAUUGUGUUUCUGUGUGUUGUUUUACAUCAAGAUAAUUUCCAGACGAAAGAGAAGUUCAUAAUGCAGUGACGUAAGUUCUAUUUGGGGAAAUGGUUUGCUAAAGCGGAAUGUAUAUAUGCCUCCUACAAUUGAAUUGUUUGCCCUGUUGUCAACCGACAGCUCGGAAAACAAAAAGGUAUGCGUAGACUUUUUUAUGCAUAUUUAUGAGAGGAUUUUAAAAACAUUUCUCCUCGUGAUUAUGCUAUAAUACAUUGCAGGAUUUUCUGUUUUCGUGAAUUCAUAGAGGGACCAGGUUUCUUCAUUUAGUGAGGACAUUUUGAUAAUUCAUGACAUAUUUCUCGGAAUCGCUCACCAACGUUGUCUCUUACCGAGACCUUUAAAGUUCUGAGAAGUCUAUAAAUAGCGCGACACAGCUGUUUCAAACUCUUUGACAUUUUGCAGUCGCCAUUUUUAAAACUGUACAUGAAUCCGUUGUGCCUUUUUGUUGAUGACUGAUCCAAUUCUUUGUUUUUCUAUAUUUCUAUAUAAGAUAUUUAUUGCAGAAACGAUAUGAGACAAUGAGUCAGGUUAGUCCACAGUAAAUGGUAUUAUCAUGUUGAACUGAAAUUUAAAAGAUACAUUAAAUUCUACUCUUACAUUAAUUAUAAUCCGAAGGUUAAACGAUAUUAUUUGAUUAUACAAGUAAUUCUAUCGCCAGAUUUACACAUGCUACUUUAUAUAUAAAAAAUCACAACAAUCAGUUUUCUCCUUUUAAAUGAAUGCCAAUCGUUAAAUUGCAAGUUAUGUUAUGUUAUGACAUCACCCUUUGUCAGAGAGAGAGAGAGAGAGAGAGAAAUGGAAGGAAUAGACAAACAAAAGAGUAUACAAAAACAACUGAAAACAGACACAGAAAGGACAAUAAUAAACCUAGGUCAGAGAUGUUGUAUAUUUGUAUUAUUGUUUUAAAUUUGUAGCCACUGUUAUUAAAAUUUGAUGCGCUUUUAACUCAAAAUUAAUAUGAUUUUUUAGACUGUUUACAUUAGGUCCUAAUUCCAGGCAUUCAGAUUUGUAAAUAUAUUGUUUUGUAAUGAGUAAUAUUAGGUUAUCUAGAUUGAACUUAGUUUAUUAAUUUGCUUGCCAAAGAUGAAUUCCUGUUUAUCGAAUCUAAGACUCCGGUUUUUCGUGAUAAUAGUGAUCCUUAAUUGUUCUAUCAAAUUUGAUAUAUAUUCAUAAUCCCAUAAUAAAUGUGUAAUUGUUUCAGGGUGAGAAUUACAAAAUGUACAUAAGUUAUUGUAUAUUUUUUUAAAUUUUGAAUAAAAAUGUUUUUGCUGUCAGAAUUCUGUUGAUUAAUUCCAAAUUGCAGCCAUUGAAGUUUGGAACUAGUACAGGUGUUAAAAGGUUUUUAUGCUCUGAUAGUUUAAAAAAUUGAUAGGAAUGUUAAAUUUUUCACAAAAUUCAACAAAAUUGUAUAGAGAUUUAUCUGUUUUCAUGAUGUUAUGAAUAAAGUAUAUACC